AUGGAAACUGGGAGGCCGCUCGCGGCACCGGAGCGGGCUCGGCGACAGCCCGGGCGCUGCUCGCGCGGCGACCCCGCGCCGGCGCGCCUGGCAGCCGAGUCCAGACCGCGGCCCCUGCGCGGGGCUGCCGGGACCGCCCGGGCCGAGGGUCGCGGCGGCGGCGGCUGGGGCCGGGCGGGGCGCAAGGAGGGCCGCGGGGGCGGGAGCGGGGGGGGGGGGCGGCGGAGCGCGUCUCGGGGCCGCGGGGCGAGCGCCACAGACACUUGUUUGCAAGGCUCAGCCUCGGCGCGCGCGCGGCGCUCGGAGCGGGUCCGCCUCCUCCCAGCCGGGUGGGCGGCGGCCCUUGCCGAGCCAGUCCCGCUCCUCCUCCCGCUCUUCCUUCUCGCCCGCGGAGCCCUGCACCGGCCCCGCGGGGUCCCCGCCCCAGGCCCCUUGGGCGGGCCCGGCGCGGUCCCCUCCACUACCGCGGGGAAGGCGCUGGACUCCCCGCUGGCAUCGCUCGCGGACGGCUCGGGUCGGUGCCCGCUGGCCGGGGCGCGCACUCGCCCGCAGACUCUGGCCGCCGCCUGCCGGCUUCUCCUCCGGUUUAUUCCCGGCAGCCGCUGCCGCUUUGGCUGGUCUGGGUCCCCUCCGGCCCCGCAUUCCUGCCUCCGUCCCGGAGGACAAGCCCGUGGCGGCCAGGCUCUGCGGAGGUUGCUGCCUCCCCAGCCCUUUCUCACUUCUCCGACACGGGCGCUCGCGAUUUACUCGCUUUAUUGCUCCCUUUUCCCCUGCGAGCGCCCAGGACAGCAGAGGGACCGACCGAUCUCCUCUAGAGCCCGCGCCUCCCCUGCCCGCCCCUCCCCAGCGUCCCGGCCGAUCCGCCGGUGCGCUCCCGCGCUCCCUGGCUUUGCCGCGGGGUCGGAGCCCUUGCGUGGUGGGAACAACCAGUGGGCAGCGGAAAGCAAAGGCGGCCCGGCGGGGACGCUCGGUUUUGCGAGCCCCACUUUCCUUUCGCCGCCCACUGGGAUGUGUAGUUCUUCCUCUCGCCCACUGGCUCUGAGAGGAAAUACUAUUUGGGGACCAAAAAACUACAAAUCCCUGCAUCCCCCGCGACGAAAGCGGGAGAGGCGCGGUGCUGGGCGUUCUGGUGCUCGGAGACUGGAGAUGCGAACUAACAAAGGGAAUGGUGGGGGGCGGCUGUGGCUUCCCGGUGCUGGGUACUUUACACGUUCCACACGUUCUUUAUCUGAUCUUUGCUGCAACCCUGCGAGGCCCUACUGUGUGCAGUUUAGAGAACGCUCUACUUGCCAGAGAUCUCAGAGUGCCCCGGUGGUGGAGAUGAAAUUGAACCCAGAGCCCUGAGAAUUUCCUUUUUAAAAAGCGCUGCCUCGGUAAGCCUUGUCGAAGGUAGAAAAGAACUGGGAUCAGUUGGAAAGAACUUCCUGCAGUAAGGGAAAAGUGGUAAGGAUGGCAAUUAUAGUGGGACAUGAAGUCAUAAGGAGUUAUGAAAAAAGUGGAAUUCACAAGGGUCCAUUCCAGAGCAGGUUAGGGGUAUGGGUCCUACAAUCAGAAUCGGGAUUCAGUGAUUUUAGGUUUUGUAUG